UGGAUUUCCAGUCUGCCUUUGCCCAAGGCCAGUCACGAAUCAUUGCCCUCCCAUGCCUUUCCCACCAGUACCUUCCCCACGAGAGAGCGCUCCUUCUGCCCACACCCGCUCUGCAUCCGUCCGAACUCAAUACACACCUUCUGUUCAUUCCAUCACCACUUUCGCUCUUGAACCGCCGUUCUCGUCCUCGUCCCUUGCAGCAGCCACAAAGCCAAACUUUGUAAGCACCUUGGAACAGUGGACUGAUGAUACAGACAGCGAAGAGAGGGAGUUGAAGAACACGCUUGCAGGAGUGUGCCAGACGGAGUGGACCGCUAUUAUGCAUGCCAUGGCACGAUUUGAGCCACCGUUUCGAACCCGAAUACGGUUCAUGCAUCUGAUGACCGGAAAUAUUCCUAACCACCUUCUGGCCUCUAAUCGUCCUGACAAAUCUGAUAAUGGGGAAGGGUCUCCUGCUCCGAGUCCCCGUAAUAAUAGCCUGUAUCGCAGCUUCUUGUUUCGUGAAAUGGAAAUUGACGAGGAUGAUGAGGACGGGGAUUCGGGAUGAAUUCUGAUUUUAAAUGACUUGCAUGAUUAUACACAGUCUCUAUCUUGUUAUAUACGCAGAGAAUUAUUUUACAAUUUCAACCUCCCAGUCAACCCCCGUAAUCCUACCCCAAGUCCGCUUGGGCACAACCACCUUGAAGAGCGUCCGCUCCUUGGCCACCACCUCAUUCCAUUCUUCCAACACCAAAUGAUCUACAGAAUCCACGUCUAAUAAUAAAAUCCCGAAAUGCUCUUCGCUUCCGUACUCCUUCUGUUCCUUUGGACUCAAGCUCAUCCACACUCGCCGUCGUUCUGCGUCCCACAUGCAUGGAUUUGUCAUAAUGCCACGAGCCCAAGAAGGCAACUGGGAUACUGUCGCGUUGGGUGGAGCAAUGCAAUAUAAUGUUCCGCUCAAACGAUAUUCUUCGUUGGUUUUCGGCAGAGAAAACAAGAGUUCGGCUUCAGAGCCCAUGACCAGGCUGUCUGAUCUCAGGUCAUAUUUCAAGAGAAGGAGGGAGGAUAAUUUGACCGUGAUUGCUGCUGGAAGUCGGGAGGCUGCAC